GCCCCUCCAGGCCUCACCCGCUGGCUGACCGCCGCCGGCAGCCCAGUGGUCCCGGCUGCCUAGGACUUUGCGGAGGCCGAGCCGGCCACGGACUCUCUGGAGAUAGUCCCUGAGGUGGCAGCAUAGAUCCAUCUAGCAAAUUUGUCUCUAAGUCUCAGCACUGAAGGAAAAUCCUCUGAAAUUGGAGUCCUUUUAGAAGAGACGUAUCACUGAAACUGGUAGCCGGAGGAGGAAACAUCUGAGUACCUACUUUCCUGCGUUCCACGUCUUUACCACUUGCCACGUUGCCGUAGGAGAUGUUGGAAAAGAACACAAAGAUGGCAUUAGAUCUGCACCGAUGCCACUAAUCAGCAGAUGUUAGAAGGAAAAAAAAAACAAAAACAACCUCUGGGUCUCAGUUUCUCUGAGCUUUGCUGUCCCCAUGUAUAAUAUGAAGAGAUUGGGCUAGAGAUGACAUUUAAGUUCCUGUUGGCUCUAAAGAUGGCAUUUCAGGGAUUCUGGUAGCUGCAGUCUUACACUGGGCUAAGAUGGAUCUUGUACUCAAUGCUGCAGAUUAUUAUUUUUUUACACCAUACAUCUAUCCAGCCUCAUGGCCUGAGGAUAACAUCUUUCGACAAACUAUUAGUCUCCUGAUUGUAACAAAUCUUGGAGCUUAUAUCCUUUAUUUCUUCUUUGCAACACUGAGCUAUUAUUUUGUCUAUGAUCAUGCAUUAAUGAAGCAUCCACAAUUUUUGAAGAAUCAAGUCUAUAGAGAGAUUAUAUUUACUGUCCAGUCAUUGCCAUGGAUUAGCAUUCCCACGGUGUCCCUGUUCCUGCUAGAAUUGAGAGGUUACAGCAAAUUGUAUGAUGACAUAGGAGAGUUUCCCAGUGGCUGGUUUCGCCUCAUUGUUAGCGUACUGUCCUUCCUCUUCUUCACCGACAUGCUGAUCUACUGGAUUCACAGAGGCCUUCAUCAUAGACUUGUGUAUAAGCGCAUACACAAACCUCAUCAUCUCUGGAAGAUUCCGACUCCAUUUGCAAGCCAUGCUUUUCACCCUGUGGAUGGCUUCCUUCAGAGUCUACCUUAUCAUAUAUACCCUUUUAUCUUCCCGUUACACAAGGUGGUUUACUUAAGUUUGUACAUUUUGGUGAAUAUCUGGACGAUAUCCAUUCAUGAUGGCGACUUCCGUGUCCCCCAAAUCUUAAGGCCAUUUAUUAAUGGCUCAGCCCAUCACACAGACCACCACAUGUUCUUUGACUACAACUACGGACAGUAUUUCACCUUGUGGGAUAGAAUUGGAGGCUCCUUCAAAAAUCCUUCCUCCUUUGAAGGGAAGGGACCACUUAGUUAUGUGAAGAAGAUGACAGAAGAAAAGUGCAACAGCCACGCAGAAAACGGUUGUAAAAAUGAAAAAUUAUUCAGUAGAGAGUUUACAAAGACUGAGUAGAUUGUUGUCCUAUUGUUAACUGUUGUGAAAUAUUUUUAAUAGGGAAAAUUAAUCUACAUACAUAAAACCAAGAGACAUAGCAAGUCAGUGGUAUUCGAGGGUACUGCUGAGGAAUGAUCGUGAUGGCAGAUCAAAGAAGGAAUGCUGUGAACACCGAAAUUUUAACCUCAUGCUUACUAUACUAGGUGUUGGUCUCCAGGACAAGUGGUGUCUCUGUAGCCAGCAUAUCUGUAACUUGUAUAGCCUCAACAACAAUUUUUAUGAGGAUAGAGAAUAAAUUAUUGAGAGGACUAGGCUAUGUCCUUUGCCUUAAUAAAUCCACCCAUAUUCGUUAAGAAAAAUACAUUGUGCUUGAUAAUACCAAGACUAAGCAUCAUAACAAAGAAAUAAUAAUAUAAACGUGGUUCCUUGUUUCUGGAAUGGUUCAGUCUUCAGUGUUGGUACAGUAAUGACUACCUGUAGUAUUUUGUUCACGUGGAUACAUCAGUCUGAAAAAAAUGUCUGAUAGAACAUAUUAGUGGCCUCGUAAAUGACCUAGUUAAUAGCAGGUUUAGUAAGAUUAUCAUCUUCCAGUGUAGGAAGCUUAUUCUCUGGGGACAUUGUCAAAUAUUACAUUUUACUGCUGGAAAAAACAAAUUAGAAUUAAAAAAAAAGACUGCUACUACCAUGAUUUAAUCCAGAUCUGGGAUUAUUUAAAGAUUUUAAUGGUUAUUAUUUUAAACCAUUAUUUAAUAAGUAUAAAAACUAUGUGAACCUGAAUAUAUUUAUAAAGGGAAAUUUGAUGCCCAAAUAAUAUAUUUGACACUACUGCUUUUUUAAUUAAAUGGAUGCACUGCACUUUUGAUACGUUUCAAAGUUACAAUCCUGUAAUUUCCUAUAAAAGGAAGUAAUUGCCAAAUAUUUAGGCUGAUCACUGAAGAUUAGUUUUGAAAUCUUAUUUUCCCUCUUCUCCCUUCACUUUUUCCCCACUUCCUCUGUAAAAAGAUCUAACAAAUAGUUUCGUAAAGAAACGUUGUGAGUUGUAACAUAAAUAUAUUCGGAAAACGUGGUUUGGAAAGGCAUUCUAUAAGCUAUUUAUGUAAAAUCAAUAAAAGUUGAUUAUUACUAUUGUUAAA